AUGGUAACUAUGCGAACAAUCCUAAUUCUUACAUUUUGUUGCAUUAUUCUUGAAAUUACUCUUGGCUUAUCUGCUUACAAGCAGCAAACAAAGAAAGAUGAGGUGCAUAUGGAACAUUUCCAAGUUUUCGAGGACAAACAUCCAUCAGUGGCAAUAAAAGAUUUGCAGGAAUUAGAAUGGAAUAAAGAGUAUGCCAAAUUUUUGAUAGAAAAAACUAAAGACCGCAUGCCUAACCACUGGAAAAUACCAGAAUUGCCUAAAUCAUUGGGGUUAGUUAAAAUAGGAGAUUCACACGAAGUGCAAAAUGGAGACACCAAAACUUCUUACAACAAAUCAUUUUACGCAAACAGAAUAAUUCAUUUUGAUUUAAAAGGUGCUGCACCAAAAUUAUCAUAUUUCAAAGAAGUAUUGAAGCUUAUAAAAGCAAACGGUGCUACAGGAAUUUUGAUAGAAUGGGAGGAUACAUUUCCAUUCGAUGGUAUUCUAGCAGAGAAUCGUAAUAGUGAUGCUUAUACGGUGGAAGAAGUCCGUGACCUUUUGCAAACAGCUAAAUCACUCAAUCUUGAUGUUAUACCGCUUGUGCCAACAUUUGGACAUUUAGAAUGGAUUCUUAAAGUGGAAAAAUUUAGACAAUAUCGACAAAAUGAUAUGUUUCCACAGGUCAUUUGCUUAGCAGAUAAUGAUGGAGUUUCAGUAAUUUUGGAAGCUAUACGGCAGGUUGUCCAACUUCAUCAACCAUUCGGAAUAAUGUAUUUUCACAUUGGUGCUGAUGAAGCUUUUCAGUUUGGUGAAUGCUUGAAAGAUCGUCAAUGGCUGGAAAUAAACACAAAUAAAAAAAAAGAUGAUCUCGCAGCAAUGCAUUUAGCAAAAAUUGCAAAAUAUGUCAAAACGUUAAUUCCAAAUAUUAGAGUGUUAGCAUGGUAUGAUAUGAUUGAAUCAUUUGAGAUGAAAUUGGUAGAACAAUAUCAUCUGGGUCAACUUUUAGAAGUGGUAGUUUGGGAUUAUUCUGAAACAUUGCAACAACAAAAUGGUAUACUUAAAUUUAUCAAUAUCUCACAAAUUUGUAUUAGAAAAUUUGAAAGUGAAAUGUUUUGA